AUGGCAACGUUGAGCCGUAAUGGUCUGAAGCUGUUUCUGAAAAAGCAAUUGAUUUUUCGUGAUGAGAACAAAAUCAGACCUAUAGAAAUUAACACAAGUCGACCGUUGGACUAUCUGCGACGCGUGCUGCGGAAAGAGGAACAAGUCGUGUAUGCACCCACUUUUCGUGAGGAAACUCUGUUUCUAUCGUGGCUGCAUGCAAAUUUCGUGAUCCUACGCUCCAUGACUUUGCCAAUAGAUGAUCGUUAA